AUGGUUGCAUACGAGAAGAGUCCUAUUGUUUUUCUAUUUGCUACAAUGAUGCUUGUAAUGUUUUUGUUUUGUGGAAGUGGAGAAGCAAGAACAUUAGGGUACGGAUCUAUUAAAGGAGACCGAAUUCCGGCAUGUGGCUAUAAAAACCCCAAUUCAUGUGUCAAACAACCAGUUAACCAUUACCAUAGAGGUUGUGAAAAAAUUACCAGGUGUGCUCGUGAUGCUGCUCGUUAUACUGAAUCCUUCAAUGUCGAUGACGAUGAAAGUCCCAUUAUUAAUCUCCAUUGA